AUGGCGGAACACGAACACAUCCAGCACCUUUCCUUAUGUUUGUGCGAUUUAAUCAGGUUACUCUGGGCCCUGAUAGUGCCCUGUCUGUUCCUCUCUCUGGUCCUCUCUCUGCUGCUCCUGCUGCUCCUCCUGGGUGUUCGCUCAUGGCUGCAGAGUAUGAGGAGUGCUCGGAGGUCUCAGGACAAAGGCCCUGCGGUUGCAUUCUUCCACCCCUACUGCAAUGCCGGCGGAGGGGGAGAGAGGGUGCUGUGGUGUGCGCUCCGAGCUCUCAUGAACAAGUACCGUGAGGUGUCGUUUGUGGUCUACACUGGGGACCAGGGCGUGACCUCGGAGCAGAUCAUAGAAGGAGCACGCAGCAGGUUUAACAUCGUCCUUCCUCGAGCCGUGAGCUUCGUCUUCCUCAGACACAGAGUGCUGGUGGAGGCCACGUCCUACCCACACUUCACUCUGCUGGGACAGAGCCUGGGCUCCAUGUUCCUGGGUUGGGAGGCGCUGACGUCCUUUGUCCCAGACCUGUACAUAGACUCGAUGGGCUACGCCUUCACGCUGCCCAUCUUCAGAUACCUGGGCGGCUGCAAAGUGGCCAGCUACGUGCACUAUCCCACAGUCUCCACAGACAUGCUGUCAGUGGUGCGUCAGAGGAACCCCAGGUUCAAUAAUUCGGACACGAUCAGCCGGAACCCGGUGCUGAGCCUCCUGAAGCUGCUGUAUUACGGCUGCUUCGCGCUGCUCUACGGCCUGGUGGGCUCCUGCAGUGACGUCAUCAUGGUCAACUCCACCUGGACGCUGGGACACAUCCUGUCUCUGUGGCGUUCUCCGGCUCGCACCACCGUGGUCUACCCGCCGUGUGACGUGCGCGCCUUCCUGGACAUCCCCCUGGAGGCGGAGGACGAGGACGACGGCUGGGAGGAGGUGGGGCAGGAGCUCCAAGGCUUUCAGUCCAAAGAAACAGAGAAGAAGUGUGUGUCCAUCGUGUCCAUCGGCCAGUUCAGACCGGAGAAGGACCACAAGCUGCAGAUCCAGGCCUUCAAGGAGGUGCUGCAGACCAGAGUGGACCCUAACGAGGCCCUGAAGUUGGUGCUGGUGGGCGGCUGUAGGAACCAGGAGGACGAGGAGAGGGUGCGGUCUCUAAGGGGCCUGUGCGAGGAGCUGGAGAUAGGAGAUAAAGUGCUGUUCAAACUGAACGUGUCGUUUGAGGAGCUGAAGAGGGAGCUGGGACACGCCACCAUCGGCCUGCACACCAUGUGGAACGAGCACUUUGGCAUCGGAGUGGUGGAGUGCAUGGCGGCCGGCACCAUCGUGCUGGCUCAUAAAUCCGGGGGCCCGAAGCUGGACAUCGUGGUCCCCUUUGAGGGCGCUCAGACGGGGUUCCUGGCCGACAGCGUGGGCAGCUACGCCUCCUGCAUCCAGACUAUCCUCUCCCUGAGCCCCGAGGAGCGUCUGCAGAUCCGCCUCAACGCACGCCGUUCUGUGGAGCGCUUCUCAGACCAGGAGUUCGACCAAAGCUUCCUGGGUGCCAUGGAGACGCUGAUGAGGAGGCUGGAGAGGUGA